GGCUGGAAAUUGAUGAAUCAGUCAUCACAGUUUGCACGAAGCGUCCGAGUUGUGUUUUCGUAUCGAAACGGAGUCUCGCAUAAUGGCCAUAAUAUGCCCAAAAGCAUUCAGGUAACCACAUGGUUAGCGUAUAAAUAGUUGCUUACAGCUUGUAUUAGAUCAAAGCGUAAUUUCAUUCACUCUUUCCGUUUACACUUCAUAAAUCCAUUUUGUAACCUGCUGGGGUGUUUUGAAUCCACCGAGUUACAUCCUCGGGUUUUCAUAAUUUUGUAACCAGCUCGGGUACCUUCUUUUCAUAAGUGAUUGUGAUCGAUGAAUAUUCGUAUCUGCACCACAGGUUAAGCAAACUGCGAGCAGUUUUUGUGGCUACAGCGUCCCCAAAGAGGAGAAGCCACAUACUGUCCUCGAAAUGAGCGAGUUAGAGAUGGUAAUAGUAGAAAUCAGAUCUUGCCCCAACUUUGACCCGAUGUUCCUCGCUGCCACUUUACAAUUGACGAUAAAUAUCUCACAAUCAUUUCAGGAGGGCGCGUGCACAAACGGAGCUUUUCUUUGCAGAAUUAUCUCAUAAGGUGUGAUAUAUAUCAGCGCACAAUGAAAACUAAGAGGAGAAAUUUUUCCUUCAAAGAGAGUGCAUUUAACCGUCUGAAUCACCAAUUUAUGCUCUGUAGAUCCGAAGAUUAUGAUUUUAUCAGUUCUUGCAGUGACACAACAGAUGAUGAUAAACAUCUCCAAAUAGUUCAUCGUGGUAUUCCUUGCAGAAAUAUCCAAAUAGAUUUGAUCUGCUCAUCGUGGAAACUUUGAAGAAAACAUUUAUUUAUUCAAAGAGAAAGCAUUUUACCAUUUCAAUCAGCUAUUACUAAUACCCAAAAGAGCCGAUAACUUUGUAAAGCGAGAUAGGUCAGGAAUACGAUACCUUGAGUUUAACCAAGUGACGCCAUUCGAUGGAAUUAUGGAACGGAGAGAAGACCAUUGAAAUAACGUAUUUUCAACGAAAAAAGCGAUUGAUGCAUUGUAAGUUUUUACUCUAAAAUCAAGAUAAAAGAUAAAAAUCGGUAAAUUUUUCACACACGUGUGCAAACAAUUAUGUGGAUUGGUAUAGGAUAUCCGGAUUGGUAUAGGAUAUCCGGAUUGGUAUUGGAAACAUUGUGGACUGGACUAUUGGACCCUUGGAUUAUUUUUUUGGACUAUUUUGUGGACUUUUUUUUAAUUUUACUUUUUUUAACCAUUUUAUUGGGGGGAGGUAGGCCACUAGUACUCAGGUAGGGGUGGUAGGCAGACUGUUGUUAAUGAGGGAGGGGAGGAGGUCGAACUGUAAAUACACAAGGGGGAGUGGGAGGUUGCUGUAUAAGUAAAUGCUACUGAUUAAUGGAGUUUUACAAAUUAUUUUGAGCGGUGUUUCAUCUUACUAUUUUUAUUUUUGUUUUUGAUCCUCCACUGUUGAGUCAUGCAUGUGCCUGUUAAGUCGACUUGUGCCAGUGCUAAAUGAUACUCAUGGGUUAUCACGAAUCAUCCAUCAGUUGCUUCACAUUUUCCUUUGUGUAUACAGUAUAUCAUUGAAUUUAGCCAUCUUCCUUUUGUCAGUGAUCUUAUCAAACAACAAAGAUCAUGGAAUUUCUGGACCUUAGCAUAGUAUGCCCAAGUGCCAUUGCAAUUUUCACAUUUUUCAAAUUUGCUAUGAAAAUAUUGUUGCUUCAAUAAUUGUACAAAGCAGUCUUCUCUCUUUUCAGAUACACAGUUUUCCCCUAUUAGAUACACUCAACUCACACCUAAAGUUGAGUGUCAUGUCACGCAUUUCACUUCGUAGACAGAUGAUUUAAAACUGCAUGGCUUCAGCGCUAGAUAAUUUUUUUAAAUAACAGGUUUACAUUUUAUUGCUUAAUGGUGCAAUUUUCCUCUCACUUAGCCAAUGCAUUAAUUCAUUAAAUCCACACGAGUGCAAAAUACAGAAUUACCAUUCUUGAAAAUUACAGAGUUCUAAUUCACAAAUUGCAAAUUUCCUCUUGGAAAAUUACUAAUUUGAGUUUAUCUCACAAGGUACAUUUUUCUAUUCUGUUUUGUUUCAUAAAUAACGAUAAGCCCUCUCUGAGAAAAUGACAAAGUGACUUCUAUAUUUCACAAUGACUGUCAAAGAGAACUUGAAAUCUCUUUCCAUUUUCUGAACUGUCCAGGUUGAUAAGUGUCAGCUAACUGCAGACCAGAUCAAAAUUUUAUGCAGAAAAAGGAAAAAACUGAAUUGUAGAAAUAAAGUUUAAGUAUGUGGGCUGUGUGGAAAUGGCAUGUAAUGGUGGAAAACUGUGUAUCUAAAAAGAGAGAAGGUUGCUUUGUAUGAAACUUUCAACAAUGUUUGAUAGUAAAGGUGCAAAGGUUAAAAUUGUAAUAGUGCUUGUGAAUGCUACACUGCUAAGUUAAAGGCUAAGGAUUAGAAACUCUGGGAUCUCUGUAGUUCUGAUAAGAUCAAUGACAAGAGGAAGAUAGAUAAAUUUAGUAAUGAUGUACUGUACACACAAAGGGAAACUGAAGCAACUGUUGGAUGAUUCAUGAUAACCCUUGAGUAUAAUUUAGCACUGGAACAAGUCGACUUAAAAAGAUACACACAUGACCCAACAGUGGAGGGUUGAAAACAAGAGUUGGUAAUAUUUUCAGUAAAAAUUAUAGUCUUGUGUUUAGGUGCCAGUUUCAUAUUCACAUUACUUAAAAAUAAAGAAAUGCUAUCACCCAGUGCAAAUUUUGACAUGCAAAUAGUCAGUAAUAAUAAUUUGUAUGAUCUAGUGGAAACUCCAUUAAUUAGUAGCAUUUAUUAAUACAAGAGCUACCCACCCCUCCCUCAGUAACAACAGUCUGCCUACCACCCCUCCCUGAGUAUUGAUAGACUGUAUCCCACCCCUUCCUAAGUACUAAUGGUAUGUCAUCCCCCAUAUAAUGGUCCAAAAAAAUUGUUCCAAAAAAGACCCCAAAAUGGUCCCAAAAAAGUCCAAUGGUCCAAUGGUCCAAGGAUCCAAUGGUCCAGUCCAUAUUUUAUCAUAUAUGAUUUGAAAGUGAAUAUGCAAAUAUGUCACUGUGUAAAGAGAUCUCUUGAUGCAUGGAAUUUAUAUAUGAUAGGCAAGACGAAACUGGCUUAGGAACGUUUCAGAAUGAAAGCUUUAUUCAACAAAGUUCUCGAUUUUCUUUUAGAAGGGAAAAACGUGCGAAUUUCUUUCUUGUACGAAGCCCACGAAGGAGAAUUCAUCAUGCUAGACAUCACGGCCAGAAAACUGCGUAGCGUUAUGUUGAAAAUUGUUGUAGUUCUACGUUUUGACACAAAAUCUUCCAUUGAACAAUAGUUUUUCGACAUCUCUUUACUUAAACGUAAUAUUUACCGGACUGUGGAAUCUUCAUAAUGUUGCUAGACCUCGCUUAAAGUCCGAAAGUUUGGUUUUAAGUCGCAUCGCAUCAGAGGAUCGUAGUGUUAUUGACUCGAAAGCUUAUUUUGUCGCUUUUCAGACUUUGAUGUUCAUUAUUUUCCAAGGAAAGUAUUCUAUAGCAUUUUUACUUUUCAUUUUGUUGACCAGAAGGUCUAACAUGAUCGAAAAGGAACGGAAAAUCUCACAUGAAAAUAUUGAAAGUCGGCCGCGCGGACGCCAUAUUUUACUAUUUGAUCAUUUCUUGUGAACGUACAAAAUGACGCCUUACUAGUACCCCCUAAAGUCAUCAAAAUAUUUGCGCAAAAGACGGAUACAUGAACAAAGGAAGUAUGAGGACAAAAUUCUGCUUAGUAGGGGAGGUAAGAGGGAAAGCGCCUCUCGCGUGAGUCCACGCGGCAUGGGCGGUCACGAGCGGUUUAGGUGUCAAUAUUUAAAUUUGGAUGUUUUCAACUGUCAAGGAAGUCAAAGAUGAAAGCAAACAGCAACAGUUUGUACUGAUGAAUUAACAGACUACCCAGUAAGGGUAAUCAACAGGAAAUUACGGUAAUAUGCCUUUAAAUUUAACAUUUUCAUGAGGUAUGUUUUUAUUGAAAAGCACAUAUGCAUAUACAAAGGUGCUAUAUAUAGAGACAAGGAAGCAAAUUAUGUAAUCCCCUCACAAUUCUUACAGUAAACAGUGGAAAAUAUUCAAUACAACUUUUGUAUUUUUUUACAAAUAUUUGCCUAGGGCAAAGUGAAUAUUGUUGAAUUUACAUACUCUUAAGGUAAUGUAUAUUUUUUUUCAAAUGUGAAGAAUGAAUAUUUUCUAAACAAGCAUUGUGUUGUGAUAUCUGGAGAGCAUAUUGCAACUAGCAAUAAGGGUGAUUUCUAAUUGCACGGGAACUGAAAUGGAAUAAACAGCAGGAGUGCAUUUCUCAAUCACAAAUGUUUGACAACACUCUAGACGUGUUCUCUGCUCUGUCAGGUUAAAAAUCAAGAAAUGAAGUUUAUGUACAAAACUGUUUCAACCAAAUACAUAUCUCCUAGUAUGUAUUGUGGUGCAACAUUGGGGGCGGUUCAUCCUGAUUUACUUUCAUCAUGAUCGUAAACAGAUUGAAGUCUGAAUCACAUGUGAUGGUUUAGGCUUGUUUUGUUCUUUUGUUUCCUUGUUUAAACAUCAGACAAAUAAGGUUGAGGUGCAAAAUAUCUGGAUUUGUUUGGUAAAUAAUUUCAACCAAAUAGGCUAUCUUAGUGAGAAUUACUGUAAGAUAUUUAGGGCAAUUUACCCAAUUUGCUUUUUUUGUCAUACACAGAUUAAGCCAGCAUCUGAUGUGAUGUUUUAUUGGUGUUUCGGUCUCUUAACUUGUCUCUUGUGUUUGGUCUCAAAUAUAAAGUGUUGUUCUCAUACUGUGUCUUGGUGACUGAAAAAGUUUGGAAAUAUGUUUGGAAAUAUUUCAUGUUUGUUACAUGAAUGGUAGACAAAUUUGAUUACUCUAGGAGGUCUAUUGUCAGUUUGAAGCAAAAUCUCAAAGACUAUUGAUCUGAAAGAGACUUUCGACCACAAAUUUCUGCUUUGUGACAUAAAUUAAACGAGAAUGCGCUCUUUGUUCAAACAAAAUGUCACCUAAAAGGCCUCAAACUUUUGAUUGAAUUUUCUCUUAAACCUUUGACAAAAGAUUGCCGGAACAAAAAUCAAAAUUUGCCAUAUUUCUUUUGCAAAAAUAAUUUUGCACAAUACUGUUGUACAAUUGCUCAGGUGCUUUGAAUUCUGUUGUAAUUUCUAUGAAUAUCGAAAGCAUCGUACUUUCUUUGUUAGAAUAGGCCAUUUUAUAGUUGUGUACUAAGCUGCUAAGACUUUGAGGCUGAAGGUGACCUUGUGAUAGAGACUAGUAUCUAGUUAGCAUGAUAACAAAGUAAUUUACAUUUGAAAAGAAGCAAGGUUUGUAUCACAGCAAGGUCCCCUUCAAGCCUUACUCCUUUUCAAAGGCUUGGCAACCAAGCAUGCAACUGUAAAAUGGAUUAUUGUAUAACCUGUAUCAACAUAAGGAAGCAGUUUUAAUAGGUUUAUUUGAUUCAGUCAGCUAAAAUUUCAUAUGUGCACUGUAUUUUUUUAGUUUUCUGCCAUUCUUUUAGCAUCAAAUUUUGUGCUCUUUGCAUUUGAAUCUUCUAUUCCAUUUAUCACUUUCUCACAAACAUUGACCAAAUGGGAGGCAGCCAUUUUGAAAUUUAGUGCUCCUGCUUUAAUCACGUCCUCACAAACAUUAAUCAAAUGCGAGGCAGCCAUUUUGAAAUUUAGUGCUCCAGCUGUAAUCACCUUGUGCUGCAUGUAGGUGAUUAUAGCAGAUUAUUGUAAUGUGUUUCAUCGUUCAAAUUUUCAACCUUUAAUUAUCACUGUUUGAAAAAUACAGUGGCCUGACUUGAGCCUGAGCUACCAGCAUUAUUUGUGUAAGACUGAGUGUUUCAAAAAUAAUUUUUCCCCUGCACUGUGCCUCUAGCUGCAUAAUUUUUAAACUUUUAAAUUCUUAAAUUUCUCUAAUUUUCAAUAGCCCAUUUUAUGGUUGAGUGCUUGUUUGCCAAGCCCUUGAACAGGAGUGAGGCAAAGGGUGACCUUGUUAUGAUACAAACCCUGCUGCUUUUCAAAUGUAAAUUGCUUUAUUAUUAUGCUAACUGGAAACUGGUGUCUAUCACAACAAGGUCACCUUCCUUCAGCCUCAGUCUAUAUCAGAGGCUUGGCAACUUAGUACGACAAAAUUGUAAAAUGGCCUAGUGGUAAAAAUAAAUUUUGGUAUCCCUUUUUAUUAGCUAUUAUUAACAGAAGAUCUGGUAAAAUGUUAAUAAAAGAUAUGCAUAUAUGAGGCCCAGUUAAAUAUAAAUGUAACAAUUUUUUAUCAUGUUUAUCAUUUACAAUGUAUAUAAUUUUGCAAUUAAUGCUUCUAAGUGCAAUAAUUAAUACCCUCAUUAUUAUUAUUAUUACAAUUAUUAUACCAUAUUUAUUUCUUUGUACCCUAAGCCUUCAAAAUUUGUAGCACAUGAGUCUGACUUAAUUUUUUUGUUUUUUGUGAUUAUACAAUUUUGCUUUAGUUUACACAUUGUGACAUGUAAUUUUUAUUUGCCUUGAUGGCAUGUAAUACUUAGGCUUUCAUCAGUGCACUGUGUUCUUUCAAAUGCUGAUACCCAUUCCACAAAGGAAACUUUGAUAUAAGAUAAGUGAGUUUUAAAAAGUGGGAAUCUGGAAAUGCAGGUAUCCUCCUUUAAUUAUUACUGAUAUUGUUGGUGUCCCUCCUCUUUUGAUUUGAUUUACAAUAUUAUUACACUACCGAAUCACAGAUUAAGUUUGCUUGAAUAAAGGAAGUGAUGGUCAACUACAUGUAGAGAAGCUCUUGAUUGUUGACCAAAUUCACCCUGUCAGCAUUUUAAUGAGGUUCAAAAGGGUUUUUAUGCCUGGGGAGACUGGAUCCAAAUAAAUGUAUCCCAUGCAAGUUUUAAACAACAAAGGUGGUUGUAAAUCAGAUGAAAAUUCCCUUGCUUAUUUGUUUUCAAAAGCUGAAUGAUUUCUGUAAUAAAGGGGAAAGGUUAUAUCUAAAAAGAGUGUUGAUCAAAGUGAAAGUUCAACCAACAAAUAACUCAGGUAAAAGAGAUAUAAGAAGAGCAAAGUCAAAAGUGCACUUGGAAUAAUAGGAUAUUAAGAUACUGUGCAAAGGAAGAAAGAUGGCAGAACCUUAUAGGUACUGAUUUACAACACUAUGCUAUACAUUUUUUAUUAUUUGGUUGUUUAAUGUCUGCAAAGUAUUGCACAAUAUUCAUACUGUACCAUUCGAUUGAACACAGAAGUCAGACACAAAGAAAACUCACAGUCAAAACGUAAAUCAUCAGAAAUUAUUGACAUACAUUCUCUUAGUUGAAAUCAUCAUGAUGUUUUUACAACUUGCAAAGCAGUCCUUGGGGAAAUUGUCAGCAGUUAGUUCUUUUGCAUGCAACUAAAUUGUUAUUUUAAAGCACUAGCUUAAGAUGAAGAUUCAAUGGCAGACCCACAGCUGAAAUUUGCUACUGAUUCUGGCUCAUUAUUUUUCUUUUAAUGCAAGCAAUUUUUUCUUUCAUGGUUGUAAACCUGUGAUGUGUAUGUGAAGUUUCUUGUUUCAGUUAGGCCGACAUUUAUGUAUAGGUUGUAAAAAUUUAUUGACUGUGUGGUCACAAGAAAGUUUGACUUAGUGUUACCUGACAAACCUAAACUGAGUAAAUAGAAACUUAAAGUUUAUUUGUUAUUCUCCUUUUGAGGUGUGUAUCAAAGUUUUGAAGUCACAGUAGGCUUAAACUACAAGUUUAUGGGAAAUCUGCAUGUGUACAUGUGUUUCAACAUUGAAGCCAAGAUUGUGGCUAUAUAUAAUUAUUUUGCUAUUUUUGAUUAGAUACACUUGGUGUUGUAAAAAGCUGUUAUGCUGCAAAAUUUUGCUAAACCUUUUUCAGUAGCACACUUAUCUUUUUCUAAGAAUCUUGUUAAAUUGGCCCAAACUGAAUUCUAAUUUUUCUACCAAAUUUUAUAUUCUUUUGAAUAUUCUUAGAUCUCCUAAUAUCAGUAAUCAACAGGUCUUUGAAAACUUUUAAUAAUAACAUGAAUUGUGUAGAUGUAUAGCACAUUAAUUUUUCCCCUGACCCUAUUAACAAUUUACAAUGCGCAAGGACUGGUAAUGGCUAUAGAUGUGUACUUUUUAGUCAAAUUUAAGUUUUGUGCACAGCCUAUGCAUCAAAUUUGUGUAAUAAAACAUUGUAUCCUUAAACUAAUGGAUGAGAAAGAUCGAGUUAUAUCCAUUACGAGUGUGGCUUUCACAAUGAUAGUUUCCAGACUAAAGAUAAAACACUUUCAUCACUUUCACAUUUCCCCUAAAUCUACUGGCCUGCUAAAAUCCCACUUCCUUACACUGACAGCCCAACCUCAUCAACUAGUCAGAAACAAAUGAGAAACAAAUGAAUAACAGAAACAACCAAGCAACUUCCUUAAUCUUGUCAGCUUAUUCUGAACAUGGCAUUUCAGACAUGGGGUACAUGCAAUAAAUUUUCAAUUAAACCAGGGUAUCUGCAUAACUAUUCGAUAACGAUGUUUACAACAUGUGGAAAAUGGUUAAGUUGGAAUAUAUCACAAAGUUUUGCCAGCUUGUUACUGCCGUAUUGAAAAAGUGGAGGACAAAAUUGUGCUUUUAAUGUGUAACCAGAGUUGUUGCAAUGAGUUGACAAAUUUUAAAAAAUACCCAAGUCUUUUUAAAAACGUUCUUUAUAUUUUGUCCUAGUGAACAAGUGAAAGUCUUAAUAGAUGGUCAAAUGAAUACUUUUUUAGAAAAGUAAAAAAUCUAAUGUUGUGUUUCGUGUUACCAUUUUUUUUGCCACAACUCCACCUGCUAGGAAAUAGACCUCUAUUAGCUUAUAUUCAGGUAAUGUCAGUAAUAAUACUCUACAAAGCUGUUUCUUUCAAAUUUCUUGUUAUUCACGUGCUGAUAUACAAAUAAUUUACAAAAAAUGAAAGCAACAGUUCUCUAGAGUAUUAUCACAUGACCUGAAAUGGGUAAACGAAACAUACAAGGUAAAGAGGUCUAGUCAAUUAUUUGUUAUCCUGAGAAGCAACCGUCUAAAACUUUUUAACUUCUUUAUUGUGGCCACCAACAACAUCAGCUUAACUUUAAAACUUAAGAGAAAACUUAAUUUAUGUUGUGAAUUUUUCUCUUUAAUGUACAAGUUAAAUCCAGAAAUGUUUUCCUAGGUUUCUAGAAAUAUUUUCACUGUCGAAUCGUAAGUCCCUCUCCAUUAUCAAGUUUGAAAUAAGAUAUUGUUUUUUUAGUUAUAGAUUAACUUUGUUUUAAUCAAACUUUCUUUGCGCAAGAAACAGACGGUAGACCGUUGGCUUUAAGACACAGACACAUACAGUUCCAGUCAGCCAGAGAAGAAAUUAUCAUGAAAGGAAUAUAAUCGAAAGAGAAAAUUGAAAAAAUAACAGGUUUAAGCACAAGUUAAAAGUGAGUUUUGUUUUUUAUAUUUUUCUACGCUUAUCAGAGAAUUUUGACAUGCUAGAGUAAAAAUCACUGGAGUAAGCCGUCAUACCCAUUGACAUCAGGAGAAUUUAAAAUAAUUGACUUAUUUCCCUUUUUUCUAUUUUAAUCUGUUCUAUUGACUCACAGUUCUUACGUGUACCCAUCGAUUAAUCGACUGAGUUCGAAGUAGUUUCUUUCAAUUUUGGCUCAUUUCCCCUAAACGAAAUUAUCAAUGGCGUUCAAUAAAUAUCAAUUCAACCGAUACUGACAUCUUACACCGCAUCUGAAUAAAACAAUCCCUAUUCCGGAAAAUCCGUUCAAAAUGUAGGAACACCAACGAAGGUCUUCAGCUCCUUGAAAAUAUAGCUGACUAGCAUGCGUGUUUAUUGCUUUGCAAUUUGUGAGAGAUCAUCACAUUACAUUAUUACUGUAAUGAUACAAUCACCUCGCGCAAGGUGAUUACAGCAGCAGCGAUAAAUUUCAAAAUGGCUGCAUCGCGUUUUGUCAGUGUUACCGAGGAAGUGACAUACUCGAUAGAAGGAAAUGCAAUUUCGAAGAAUGCAAAAGAUGUUAUCGAGUUUGGCGUAUCAAUUCUCAAAAGAAAGAUCUGAAGUUUUGUUGAUUGAAUAAAGAAAAACCUGCUAAAUUUUAGGGGAGACUGGCUGCUAAUCUCGACACGAGUAACCUGAACAAUUGUAACAGAAUGGUCUCCAAAAUAAAACGAAUUUACCAAAGAAAUUAAGCAAUCAUAAGAAAAAUGUUAUUCACCUCAGGCUCAGUAACUAUUGUGGAAUAAUUCCCUCGACUUCUUCGCGCGGAUUAUUGAACAAUAUUCACCUCGUCAUUAGCGAAUAAUCGUUAAAUAUUGUCUUAGUCAGAAAUAACACGAGUAGCAGAGUAUCUUCAAACUUUCAACGAAUUUUUCUUGGAUUCAUGGUUCACCAUAACGCAAUCGAACCAAUAUAGAGCUGGGGAAACCUGAAGGUUACUUCCCUCUGAAAAGGAAGCUUUCAUGUAGUGAUCCACAUGUAGUGAUCCACAAAAGACAGAUUGUAUUAUACACUUUAUGUGAUCAUAGCGAUUAGGAAAAAUAAGUCAGUUAUUAUAGCUGACCAGAAAACGGGUAUCGUUAAAGGAAUUGGCACGAAAGCUGUUUGGUUCUGUUACGUAAUGCAAAAAAGGUGAUCGUGCUUCAAUUGCGGGCUACGAGACUUCCAACGCAAAAGUAAGAUUAGUGAUUAACUACACAAUCACGCAGUUUCGGUGAAGUCAGGUAAAUUUAAAUAUGUUUAAGGAAAAAAAACCCUCCAUUGGCGUGCAAUUUAAAUUUGUCUUCUUAAGAAAAAGGUCAAGUUACCGAUGCACAUUACGAUUUGUGUAACAGAAAAACCGCGAGAAUUUCAAUGAAGAGUACCUCGACCAUUAAACGCUAGGUUACAAGUGGAUAACAGAAACUGAAUUUGUAUCUAGCGUGAUCUUUGAAUCGUUCGCUGAAUCCUGCUGAAACAAAGUUAAUUUGAUUGCUAAUGCAGAAAAGCCACUAGGAAACCAUGUAGUGAAUCUCCACGAAUAUCUUAUGAUAUCAUGUACAGACAGUCAUGAUAUACAUAGGUCUGAUAUUUUUUUUUGGAUCAUCAUGUCCUCAAAUUGAAUGAUGGUUUUAAAUCAUAGCUGUGGAGAUAGAGUUAGGGGUAUAAAGCUACUAAGGUACAUUUUAGAAAGAUUCUUUCAUAACGUGACAUAAAUACAUAAUGCAAGCUUUAUCGAAAAACGAGUAAGUGGACUUUCCCAUGAGAGCCUUAUAUCUCCAGAGUUACUCAAUGGAUAGAAUACAAAGGCGCUCUAAAUUUAUUUCACUGCAAUGCCGACUCUUUCGCCACGUAUUAUUCGAAUGAUAUGCAAGUACAGAGUAUAAACAUAAAGAUCGGAUUAUGGGCUUACCCAAAAAGAACUAUUUCUCUUGAGUUACUCAGUCAUUUCAGCGAUGGAAAACUGGAUAUGAAAAAUUAUUAAUCGUACUCACCAAGAUGAAGACCUCGUGGCUGAUGCUUCUGGAGGUGAAAGAUAAACAAAUCAAUUGAAUUACAGUCGGAACAAUUUCCAAGACUAAAACUUCCGCUGUCUCAGUAUUUCGGGUAUCGCCGUGUAAUGUGUAGGGUAUCCCCUCUAGGGAUACUCUAAACGAAAGUCAUCUAAACAACACUGGAGACUGGGAAGUAAUGUGGCGUUCUUUGAUGACUUGUCGUAACUUGUAAAACUUUUUGCUGAAAUCAGAUAAAUCUCUGUUGUAAGCUAAUUGAGGCUGCCAGAGAUUGUGGUUGUCACUAGAGGUUAAAACAGUGGCGCGUGUAGAUAUGAAAACUUUGUAGGAGCGUUUAACUUGAUAUCUCAAGAGUGAGUGUAGCAAACGGGUAAGUAAGUAAUUAAGAUCCUUUAUUUAGUAAGUAAGUAACAUCCUUUAUUUAAACACGAUUAGAAUGAAAGCAUUACAUGCUUGAGGGGUCGUGUGUAAAUAGCUCAUACCCAAGUAACCUGCAUUCAAAAGUGGAUAAAUAUAUGAAAUGAAUAAGCAGAAUUAAAAGAAAACACAUGGAAAUGCAAAGUGUACUUUUGUGAUUAAAGAUAAUUUGAAAUUAAACGUCGGAAAUCUUUGCUACCGACUGUACGAAGAAGCUAGUAAAUCUGAACUCCUUGAAUUCGAGAUCAGAUUUCAACUUUCUAUAAAAUUGCUUGAAAAACAUCAAGAGUCUUAAUCUGAGACAAAAAUCCUCUAUACAGCGCCGUUAUUAGGGAUAUAAUUGUUCAUAAAAUAGGUGGAAAAUCGCAGAACAACGGCCUUAUUAUAUCCUCUUAAGUUAUAUGGACUGCUGCGCCAUUUAGCUAAUUUGGAAUAAAUUGGGGUUUAUUAUCGCUAACUAUGUUGUGCAAUAGUUUAACAGGACUUAGUUUAUACAGAUCACAAAUCGAGUUCCAUUGAGUGAGUUUCAUAAUUGCUUCUGAUGGUGUGUCCGGUGGCAAAUUAAAAAUUAUCCUUCCAGCGACCGUGUAGUGCUUGCAGGGAUUCAAUGUAAUCUAGGUUGUCACAGUUUCCCCAGACAGUGAUGUGAUCAUUAGCUCCUCUGACUGAGUGGAGUUCACUACCGUAACCUGUGAGCCAUGAAAGAAGAUUGGCCCCGAUUCUAAAUUUGAUCUUCAACUUAUGUAACUGUGUACUUUAGGAGGCGCAAUAAAAGGCCUUACAACAAUCAAUAACAGCGUUAGCGGGUAAGAUAUUGAGUCAAAUUAAGAUUAUCUUCAAACACAGUAGGCCUUAACUGUCAGUAAAGGUCGAAUUUAUUAAUGAAUCAAACAAAACAAAAAAUCCACAAUCCGAGAAAGGAAAGUCGUAAAGAGCGUGGGCGAAAGCACUCAAAAUGAGAAACAGGUAUACUACGCAUGCAGUAUAACAGAGUUAUUUUUGAAAACAGUAGAGCUCAGUUCCAUUUGAAUUUUUUUCAGGAUUUUUAGGAUUUAUUUUUGUAUUAUGCGGUUAGAAUACGUGAUAAAAUGCAGGUUGUUGACAAGGAUAUGACACGAGAUAGAGCGCAGUGUCGAAGUGGAAUUUGAUUGGUGAUCUGAUCGGUGCGAACAACAUACCACUAUACACGCUAGCAAACGGGCUAGGUCGAUUACGUCUGGAAACUUUCUGUACCGAGCUCAGCCACGAGGCUCCCAGUUCGAAUAAGUUAAGCCAGUACUUUCAGCGAAAAAUGUCAAAAUGCUUUUAUUGCAUUAGUGUGGAAAAAUAGACGGACAUUUCUCAAGUUUCAACCUUUCAACAGUUCGACAGCUUUCGAAUUUUUGAAAAAGGUCAACUUUCCCACUUGUUCAAAAACAUUUUCAUGGUAGCGAUCAGAGCCGCUUGCAGACACGUUAAACGUUCACUAAUAUUUUUUCACUCAUUUUCAGGAGAGGCUUCCGGUAGAUUACAUUGAGCGCUGGUUGGAAGUGAUUCACGGUGAUGUUUUUGCUGUAGUAUUCAAAUCUAUGUGCAUGUGUUGUGCAAUACUGUUUGAUCUUAAGAGGAGUGAUGAAAAUCCCGCUUUCACAAGUCAUCAAAUACUUUAAUUUUUAAUGUGGACUCAACAAAAGCUUGCGUUAUGUUCACAAUUCCACAUCUUACUUGAAUAUUAAGUCUUUCC